AGAAAGAAUGGAUGAAUAGGAAGAAGAAGAAGAAGAAGAAGAAGAAGAAGUGGCAAAAGUGGUGCCUCUGAUCUGAGAAGCAUCAUCAUCCAAUGGCUUCUCUGCUCCCUCCAACUCCAACUGCUACUUCCACGCUCAAACACAGCCAAAUGGCCUCUUCCAUGAAGCUCACAACUCCAAACAAUGCUUCUUUCUUGCAAAACUCAAACCACCGUUUGAAGAGCAACUCUGCAAAGUGCCAUGCAGUGUUUGGUGAUGUGGCCAAAGGGUUGGUGGAGAACAGUGUUGGCAUGGACCAGUUUCAAAGUAUCCAAUCGGGAAUAGUGCAGUUUGAAAGAGUGACUGAAGGGUUAUCUGACAUGCAGAGGUGGGCGGUUCUCGUGUUUGGUGGGUUGACGUGGAUUUACCUGACUGCGAGGCCAGGUGUGCUUGUUGGUGCCAUUGAUGCAUACCUUUUGGCCCCUCUUCAACUGGGGUUGGACAAUUUGGUUGGAAGGAGGAACUUGAAGAGGAGUGACUUUGUGGUUGGAGAAAAGCUUGGUGAAGGGUCUUUUGGUGUUGUCUAUUCGGGUGUUUUGGUUCCGAAGAAUGGGAAUGGGAAUAGUGGGAGUGUUGAUUUGGUGCAGAAGAGGGGAAGAGGCAAGACAACGCAGGUGGAACCCAAGUCUAAGGAUAAAGUCAUUCUUAAAAAGGUUAAGGUGGAAAUUCAAGGUGCUGCGGAGUUUGGUGAUUAUGAGGAGUGGUUCAAUUACAGGCUAUCUAGAGCAGCUCCCGAAACAUGUGCCGACUUCCUUGGAAGUUUUGUAGCGGAUAAAACAAAUUCACAGUUUACAAAAGGUGGAAAAUGGCUUGUUUGGAAGUUUGAGGGGGAUCGCACUCUUGCUGAUUACAUGAAGGAUCGAAACUUUCCUUCAAACUUAGAACCUGUGAUGUUUGGACGUGUUCUGCAAGGUGUUGACUCUUCAAAACGAAAUGCAUUGAUCAUCAAACAAAUACUGCGCCAGAUCAUUACAUCUCUGAGGAAAAUUCAUGAUAAUGGCAUUGUUCACAGGGAUGUAAAGCCAGCCAACUUAGUGGUUACUAAACGAGGGCAGAUUAAACUCAUUGAUUUUGGUGCAGCAACAGACUUGCGGAUUGGAAAGAAUUAUAUUCCCAACCGUACCCUUUUGGAUCCUGACUAUUGCCCCCCAGAAUUAUAUGUACUCCCAGAAGAAACACCAAGUCCACCACCAGAACCAAUUGCUGCUUUCCUUUCUCCAAUCCUUUGGCAGUUAAACAGCCCUGAUUUGUUUGAUAUGUAUUCAGCUGGGAUUGUACUUCUUCAAAUGGCUAUUCCAUCCUUGAGGUCUUCUGCUGCUUUGAAGAAUUUCAACUUGGAACUAAAAAACUGUGGAUAUGAUCUGAAAAAAUGGAGGGACUAUACUCGCAACAGGCCUGACUUCCAAAUUCUAGAUGGUGAAUCUGGUAGAGGGUGGGACUUAGCUACAAGGCUUGUAUCUGAGAGAGGUUCCCUACGAAGAGGACGUUUAUCUGCUGCUGCAGCUCUGAGACAUCCUUAUUUUCUUCUGGGUGGUGAUCAGGCAGCUGCAGUACUUUCAAAACUAAGCUUAAGCAGAAAGUGAGCUGCAUAGCAAUCAGCAGCAGGAGGAGGAGGAGGAGGCAUUUGAAUUCAAAGGUGUUCCACAGCCAGCCAGCCAGCCAGCCAAACAUGUGAAUUGAGUACCAUCAAAUAUAAGAUUUUUUUCAGUUUCUUUCUUUCUUUUUUUUUGUGUCUGGGUUUUCCUCCCCAAGUUUAAAUCAAGGGGAAAUUUUCUACUCAAUUUCAGUCAUUCGAUAAGCCUGAGGAUAUCAAAGCAUACAGAGGGAAAAAUUAUUGCUACAGUAUACAUUUAUGUCUUUCAUGUUACGUAUAUGACAAAAAUUUCAAACAGGAUCACAUAGUGCUUGUGCGAGCUUAAUCAGUUAUCUCCUAUGGUUUCUUUCUACAAAAGGUGAAUUCUUGAAGAUCGGUUGAACCUUAUCUCUAAGACCGUAACUUUGAGUUAUAUGCUUGAAACAGAACUUACAGCCAAGUAGUGCUGCAUUCUAUUGACACUUACCAGAUGAAGUUACUUACUUACAUCCAGGAUGAUAUUAUGUAUUUAGUUCCA